GAGCCGCGUGCGUGCUCACCCUGGCGGGCCGCCGGGCCUCGCGGCGCCCUCAGCCCAAGCCUUUCCUCUCCUUCCGGCGGCCGCGCUCCGCCGCUUCCCCGGCGGGGCUGCUGUCCGGGCUGCGGCUGCUGGUGCGCGGGCUCAACGCUCGCCUCCUCACACGGUCCUCGGGCGCGCACACGCGCGGCGCGCCCUGCAGCAGGAACUCGCCGCCGCGGUAGGUGACGCGCACGUCGGUGCGCGGGGACAAGGAUGGCCAGACUGCCUGUGGCCGUGAAUGCUCCUCAGUGCUCCUGGGGCUGAGGCUGGGCUGGCCGCCAUGGGGCUGGGUGGGCCCUGGUCCUGGCUGCUGGGCCUGCCCACGGCCGUGGUCUAUGGCUCCCUGGCCCUCUUCAUCUCCGUCCUGCACAAUGUGUUCCUGCUGUACUACGUGGACACCUUUGUCUCAGUGUACAAGAUCAACAAAGCUGCCUUCUGGGUUGGAGAGACGGUGUUUCUCCUCUGGAACAGCCUCAAUGACCCCCUCUUCGGCUGGCUGAGUGACCGUCAGUUCCUCAGCUCCCAACCCCGGUCGGGCGCUGGGCUCUCCUCGAUGGCCGUGGUGCUGGCACGGGUGCGGGCACUGGGCUGGCACGGGCCGCUGCUGGCGCUGUCGUUCCUGGCGUUCUGGGUGCCCUGGGCCCCAGCUGGCCUGCAGUUCUUGCUGUGCCUGUGCCUCUACGAUGGCUUCCUGACGCUGGUGGACCUGCACCAUCACGCCUUGCUGGCCGACCUGGCCCUCUCAGCCCAUGACCGCACCCACCUCAACUUCUACUGCUCCCUCUUCAGUGCGGCUGGCUCCCUGUCUGUCUUUGCCUCCUACGCCUUCUGGAACAAAGAGGACUUCUCUUCCUUCCGCGCCUUCUGCCUGGCACUGGCUGCCGGCUCCGGGCUGGGCUUCGUGGGGGCCACACGGCUGCUGAGGUGGCGGGUUGAGGCGGCCGGCAGGGAGCUGGGGGGCCCAGCCCUGGCUGUGGAUGGCGGCCUGUGUGAAGAAGAGCUUCUUGUGGGCGGUGAGGAGGCGGGUAGCAUCACCUUGGGCCGGUACCUGCGGCAGCUGGCACGCCACCGGAACUUCCUGUGGUUCGUGGGCAUGGACCUGGUGCAGGUUUUUCACUGCCACUUCAACAGCAACUUCUUCCCCCUCUUCCUGGAGCAUCUGUUGUCAGACCACAUCUCCCUCUCCACAGGCUCCUUCCUGUUGGGCAUCUCCUAUGUCGCUCCGCAUCUCAACAACCUCUACUUCCUGCCCCUGUGCCGGCGCUGGGGCGUCUACGCUGUGGUGCGAGGGCUCUUUCUGCUCAAGCUGGGGCUGAGCCUGCUCAUGCUGUUGGCUGGCCCCGACCGCCCCGGCCUGCUCUGCCUCUUCAUUGCCAGGUAUGCCCUGCCCUCCCUCCCCCCUACACCUCUGUCCCACCCCUUCAUUUUUGUCUGCUCUCUCUCCCCUGGCAGCAACCGUGUCUUCACUGAGGGCACCUGUAAGCUGUUGACCUUGGUGGUCACUGACCUGGUGGACGAGGACCUGGUGCUGAACCACCGCAAGCAGGCAGCCUCAGCACUUCUUUUUGGCAUGGUGGCCCUGGUGACCAAGCCAGGCCAGACCUUCGCCCCGUUGCUGGGCACCUGGCUGCUGUGCUUCUACACAGGUCAUGAUCUCUUCCAGCAGCCCCCACUGACGCCUGUGGGGAGUGCCCAGCCCUGGCCAGAGCCCCCGGCUCCACCCCCGCAACAGGCCCCGACGCUCCGCCAGGGUUGCUUCUACCUGCUGGUGCUGGUGCCCAUCACCUGUGCUCUGCUGCAGCUGUUCACCUGGUCUCAGUUCACGCUGCACGGGAGACGCCUGCACGUGGUCAAAACCCAGCGCCAGAACCUGUCACGGGCCCAAACCCUGGACGUUAAGAUGGUGUGAAGGGAAUGGCAAGGCCACGCCGCUGAGGACACUACCUGCAGCCCUGGGCGGCCAGCCCAGUCUCCUGCUCCUUUGCCUUCCUGGGGUGCAGCCUAGAGGACAGAUGGCAGCGUGGGAGCUCCUGGGGCUGAGCUGGGAGUGUCACUGAGGCCUAAGUUCCUGCUCGGCUGUCGGGCCCAGCUUGUGCAAGGGCUGGGGCGUUUGUGCUCAGGGACUUGCUUUCCCCUACGGGGCAGGAGGAAAAAGAGGACCAAGAAGGGAUGAGGCCCGCCCUGUGGUCACGUGGGGUUGCUGUGGGCACAGAGGUGUAUCCCCCUACCCACCUGGGGCUGGCGCCGGCACCCUGCGUGGGCUCGGGAACCACUUUGGCCCAGUCAGAGGACGCUGACUGAGUCUCACCUGCCCUCUCCAGUGGUUUCUCUCAGAAUUCUCUGCGUCAGCUGUGCCUGGAGUAGCACGCCCUAGCUGCCGCAGGGUGCCCCUCCAACCGGCCUCUCAAUGAGGUUCAUUUCAUCACAGACUGAUUAAAGUCAGUCAUUUCUGUU